AUCUAUCCAUAUACAUUUACAUCACACCAUGGCAUUAAAGCGUAUUCAACGAGAGCUUGCAGAGAUUACCAAGAGUCCACCAGAGGGCAUCAGUGCAACUACUGUGGAUGAAGACUUGUUUAAUUGGAGAGCCACUAUUAAUGGACCUCCCAACAGUGUCUACAAAGGCGGUGUAUUUCAUUUGACUAUCGUGUUUAGCCAUGAUUACCCUUUCAAACCACCAAUUAUCAAAUUUAUCACCAAAAUUUAUCAUCCCAAUAUUGACAACGAUGGGUCAAUUUGCAUUGAUUUGCUAAAGGCUGAUGUGUGGAAGCCUGCUACUAAAGUGCAUCAAGUUCUUGGGGCCAUUGCAUAUAUAUUGGAACAUCCUAAUCCGGAUGAUGCCUUGGUAGCUUCUGUUGCUGAAGUUUACAACACCAAUCAGGCCAAGUUUGUAAAGCUCGCUCAGGAAAACGUCAAAAAGUAUGCCACUGCCCAGCAAUAAUCGUACUAUUAACAACAGUAGUAAUGUUAAUAAUAUUAAGAACAACAACAAAUAU